AUGAGUCUGCCCAGCGUUAGUGACUAUUCUUUACUGGAAAAAAUCGGCUCGGGAAGUUAUGCGACCGUAUAUAAAGCGUUCAAAAAGGAUGGAUGCCGAGAGGUAGUCGCAAUCAAGUGUGUAGACAAAUCGUCGCUGUCCAAGUCGGCUAUCGAUAAUAUCGUCACAGAGAUCAAUCUCCUGAAAAUUCUCAAGCACGAGAAUAUCGUAGAGAUGAGGGACUUUUUCUGGGACGACGGGCACAUAUACAUCGUGAUGGAGUACUGCGACGGCGGCGACUUGUCGAGUUUUAUAAGGAGGAGGCACAAGCUACCGGAACAAAUCUGCCGCAGGUUUCUGCAACAGCUCGCGUUGGCAUUGAAGUAUCUGCGCAAUCACAAUGUCUCUCACAUGGACUUGAAGCCGCAGAACCUAUUGCUAACGAGAAAGCCGCAACUGGUCCUAAAAGUUGGAGACUUCGGUUUCGCUCAGUACCUUUCGAGUUCCGAGAAAAAAUUCGCGAUCCGUGGCUCGCCCCUCUACAUGGCGCCAGAGAUCUUACUGAAACGGAAGUACGACGCCCGCGUCGAUCUGUGGAGCGUCGGCGUGAUCAUGUACGAGUGCCUUUUCGGGAAGGCCCCUUAUUCCAGCAGUAGCUUUCAAGAAUUGGCCGAGAAAAUUAAGGAUGCUAGACGCAUAGAGUUACCAAAAGGGUCGCACGUGUCCCGGAAUUGCAAGGAUUUAUUAAUGUCCUUAUUGAAACACGAUCCGGACGAGAGGAUACCGUUCGAUGAUUUCUUCGCCCAUGAUUUUCUCGAUUUGGCGCACGCGCCGACGAAGGAAAAUUACGACAAAGCGGUCGAGUUGGUCCAGCAGGCGGUGAAAAUGGACGCGGAAAGGAAUCCGAAGGAAGCGUUUCAUCUGUAUUGCGAGGCACUUAGAUACUUCAUUCCAAUUUUAACAAGCGAGACCGAUCUAAAGCGAAAAGAGAUUUUAAGGUCACACGUAAAUAAUUACAUUAGGAGGGCUGAAAUACUAAAAGCCUCGUGUACGGACGAUGGUAACGAGAAGGAUAAGUGUUCGCGGUUAGAGGAUAAAGGGAAUCCUUCGGCGAUCCAGAGAACGACAUCACUGAAUGAACGAUCGUCGUUUGUGUAUCACGAAUUGCGGACGCUUAGCAAGACUACAACGAGCAUGGCGGACGCGCUGGAAAUCGGAGAAGUUGCUGAGCAAUAUCUCACGGAAGGGAAUUACGCGCUUGCAUUGGAAAAGUUUCAAUCCUGUCUAGGACUAUUGGUGCCAUUGUUGGGAAAGGAACCAGCAGGUCGAAGGAGGGAUCUACUGUACAGACAGGUUCAGCUUUGGAUGAAAGAAGCCGAAAGCACCAAAGGUCUUUUAGCGACAAAAGACAUUGAAGAGUCCGUGCAGCGUGGAUCUGAUUCGUUCGAGCAGUGCUCGAUACAGUAG